UUGGGCUCUUUCGAGCCCAUAAGAAACCGACAAUAACACAUACAAAGCCCAUUAACUCUGCACAACUGAAGCCCAAUCUUACAAAACCGUCUUCCAAAAAGGAUCCAAAACCCUAACCAUUUUACUCUUCUGCCGGGACGCAACCUAUUGCAGUCUAACGAUCAGAGAAGAAAUGGCAAAAUCGAAGAACCACACUGCCCAUAACCAGUCCCACAAGGCCCACAGAAACGGCAUCAAGAAACCCAAACGUCAACGCCACACCUCCACCAAAGGGAUGGACCCCAAGUUUUUGAGGAACCAGAGGUAUGCUAGGAAGCACAACAAGAAGGCUGGUGAAUCUGCUGAGGAAGAAUAGACCUAAAAUUACAAAUGUGCCCAUAACCCAUUUUCUAAUAAGUGGGCAAAUGUGAUAUGUAGGCAGUUGCUUUUUUAGGCUGACCUUUUGACUUUACCAUUGAACCCUGAUAUGUGAAUUGUUAUCAAUAUUUAUUGCUAUUAUAUGAGCUAAAACGCAUAAUUUCUUGUUCAAUGUCAAGUUAAUUUCUUUUGGGAUUAUAA